GCCGCCCCGCUCGCGCGCACGCGCGCAGGGCCCGCGCCCUCGGAGCGGGGAGGGGGCCGAGGGGGCGUCACGCCGCGAGGGGAAGGAGGCGGCGGCCGCGUCGCCUCCGGCGGGGCUCGCGCUCGCCCUCCGCUUCGCCCGCGCCCCGCGAGGGUGAAACGCUUUCUCCCGGCAUGCAGCGGGAGGAGGGAUUUAACACCAAGAUGGCGGACGGCCCGGACGAGUACGAGCCCGAGGCGGGCUGCGUGCCCCUUCUCCAUCCUGAGGAAAUCAAACCCCAAAGCCAUUAUAACCAUGGAUAUGGUGAACCUCUUGGACGGAAAACUCAUAUUGAUGAUUACAGCACAUGGGACAUAGUCAAGGCUACACAAUAUGGAAUAUAUGAACGCUGCCGAGAAUUGGUGGAAGCAGGUUAUGAUGUACGGCAACCAGACAAGGAAAAUGUUACCCUCCUCCAUUGGGCUGCCAUCAAUAACAGAAUAGAUUUAGUCAAAUACUAUAUUUCGAAAGGUGCUAUUGUGGAUCAACUUGGAGGAGACCUAAAUUCGACUCCAUUGCACUGGGCCACAAGACAAGGCCAUCUAUCUAUGGUUGUGCAACUAAUGAAAUAUGGUGCAGAUCCUUCAUUAAUUGAUGGAGAAGGAUGUAGCUGUAUUCAUCUGGCUGCUCAGUUUGGACAUACCUCAAUUGUUGCUUAUCUCAUAGCAAAAGGACAGGAUGUAGAUAUGAUGGAUCAGAAUGGAAUGACACCUUUAAUGUGGGCAGCUUAUAGAACACAUAGUGUGGAUCCAACUAGAUUGCUUUUAACAUUCAAUGUUUCAGUUAACCUUGGUGACAAGUAUCACAAAAACACUGCUCUGCAUUGGGCAGUACUAGCAGGGAAUACCACAGUCAUUAGUCUUCUUCUGGAAGCUGGAGCUAAUGUUGAUGCCCAGAAUAUCAAGGGUGAAUCAGCACUUGAUUUGGCAAAGCAGAGAAAAAAUGUGUGGAUGAUCAACCAUUUGCAAGAGGCAAGGCAAGCAAAAGGAUAUGACAAUCCAUCUUUCCUUAGAAAGCUGAAGGCUGAUAAGGAAUUUCGGCAGAAAGUAAUGCUGGGAACUCCUUUCCUAGUUAUUUGGCUGGUUGGGUUUAUAGCAGACCUAAAUAUUGAUUCUUGGCUCAUUAAAGGGCUAAUGUAUGGUGGUGUUUGGGCUACAGUACAAUUUCUUUCAAAAUCCUUUUUUGAUCAUUCAAUGCAUAGCGCAUUGCCCCUUGGAAUAUAUUUGGCAACCAAAUUCUGGAUGUAUGUGACGUGGUUCUUUUGGUUUUGGAAUGAUCUCAACUUUUUAUUUAUCCACCUUCCAUUCCUUGCUAAUAGUGUUGCACUUUUCUACAAUUUUGGAAAAUCUUGGAAAUCAGAUCCAGGGAUUAUUAAAGCUACAGAAGAACAAAAGAAAAAGACAAUAGUUGAGCUUGCAGAGACAGGAAGUCUGGACCUCAGUAUAUUCUGCAGUACCUGUUUGAUACGGAAACCAGUGAGGUCCAAACAUUGUGGUGUGUGCAAUCGCUGCAUAGCGAAAUUUGAUCAUCACUGCCCAUGGGUGGGCAACUGUGUAGGUGCAGGCAACCAUAGAUACUUUAUGGGCUACCUGUUCUUCUUGCUUUUCAUGAUCUGCUGGAUGAUUUAUGGUUGUAUUUCUUACUGGGGGCUCCACUGCGAGACCACGUACACCAAGGAUGGAUUUUGGACAUACAUUACUCAAAUUGCCACCUGUUCCCCGUGGAUGUUUUGGAUGUUUCUGAACAGUGUUUUUCACUUCCUGUGGGUGGCCGUAUUACUCAUGUGUCAGAUGUACCAGAUAUCGUGCUUAGGUAUCACUACAAAUGAGAGGAUGAACGCCAGAAGAUACAAGCACUUUAAAGUCACAACGACAUCUAUUGAAAGCCCAUUCAAGAAAGUGACCAUCUUUCUUCGUCCAUGUGGUUCAGCAAUGUACUUAACAACAUGUGGUCUCUUGCUGAUGGUCCCAAAUCCAGAUGAAAUUCAGGUAAGCAUCUAGAAACUUUAAUACAAUUUUAUGCCACAACAAUCAAGAGCGUGAUCAGCGGGCUCAUUUUGUUGAACACAGCUGAGUUAGAGAAUGUCUGUACUUGGAAAUUAAAACAAAAAUAAGAAGUAGUUUGAGAAACACUAGUUUAGACAGUACUGACACUACCCCCAACUCCAGGGCUGGGCAUGUGACUCAUCGUGGCACUGAGAUCCCUGUGUUCCCCUCCUGCCACAGUGACUGCUAAGGAACGGGCUCAUGGCCCGGGGCUUUGGUCAGAACUGUGCGAAAGUGGGGCUGGAGUUGCCAGCGGCUGUGUAGCGGCUGUGAGCAAAGAACCUAAGCAUGAAGCCAGCACAGAGGAAACCGGGGAUGGAGAGACUAGGUUCAGACGCUGUUCAGCCGUGCCUCGUCUGAUCGUGUACUCCUCUCUUAUGUGAGCCAGUGAAUUCCCUUUGUAAGUCAUCUGGAGAUGGAGCUCCUGUUCCUCGAAACAACAACAAACACACACAAAGAGACCUGGCUGGUACGACCAGUUGUCACUGACUUGUCAGUCUCAACUUGCAAAACGUCCACUUCCAUUAUUCAGGCAGGAACAGACUAAUUCAAGGGUCCAGAAGUGCUACCAGGCCACGGUGAAGGCACCCAUAUGGACCGAUAUCCAGCGACAACGGAAUACCUCUGCGCGCUCCCCUUCAGCAGUUGCAUGAACCUCUCAUUCCCUUCCCUGGAGACCAGCGCUCCCGUGUUUAAAUCAACGGUGAACCUUCAGCCUGACGGUGAAACCUGACACAGUCUUGACCCCAGCAGCCUGCACUGGCUUGGGUUUGGAGUGCAAUUAGUGGUACUGAUUUUGCCCCAUGGCUCCAAAGUUACGCAUGUUCUGGAAUGCUCACGGACGCCACAGACAUCUGCUGGAAGGACCCUCGUGAUUACUGAGGAAACCAAGACCCAGACCCAGGACUGCAGGUAAAGACAUGACAGCUACUUAAAAUUGGAUCCCCAGCGUCAGUAGCCCAGCUGCCUUUUACAGUAUGUUGUUACUGCUGCAGCAUUUCUCAUAUUAGACAGUGUACUGUUUAACAUCCGUCUGGCAUCUUAGUUUUCACACAUACUGACUUUGCAGCAAUCACCAACAGGGAGCCAGAUUUCCAUCAAGGCUGAUGCUAUCCUGGGUUGUUUCUGAAUUACAUUUAAAAAUAAAUUUUUAAAAACGAACUCAUCAUUUUAUGUUAUUCUCUAUUAAAGAGCAGCGUGGACUUUUAAAAAGGGGAGAAUAUCUUCCGUUGCUUCAUGAAGGUUACUUAAAUUCACUUCUCGUGAGUCAAGUUUAACUUCUAUUGUAUAUGCCACACCAGCCAAAUGUGAAUGUGUUCUCUUUUCAGGAAAUACCUAUCAAAGUUCUACAGCAUUCAGCUUCUUACUAUGUUAUGAGCUUCCUCCCCUUGAGGGUGGGGACCACAUCUCUGUAUUCCCCACACCAUGUAUCAGAGGACUUGGCAUAUAUCAAAAUAUUUAAUUUUUAUUGUUUUAAAGAAUCUUUCCAUUUUCAACUUGUUUGUACAAUUCCCAAUUCAAUCUUAUGCUUAUCAAGACAAGGCACUGUCCUACUUCUCUGUCACUUUUUUUUGGAUUCUAAGUAAAAUUUCCAAGUCAUUAACUUUUUAUUUCCAUCCAGUUUAAACGCUUUCCUAUGAAUUUCUGAAUAAUUCUCUCUGUGGUCCAGGCAAAUAGUAUAAAUAGAAAAAGCAUCCUCUGAAAGCUUCAGCUGCAUUUGUUUUAUUUUUUAAGCUGAAUAGUAGGUAUCUGUGUGUUUCUUAUAUUAUUUCCUAUUCUGUACAUCUGAAAAGGGAGAGAGGGAAGGAGGGAGGGAGGAAGGGAUGGAGGGAAGGAAGGAGGGA